UAUUCCCUUGAACUUCCUCCUCAGCUGUCAAAGCGUCUGCACACCAUUGCUCGAGCUAGCAAUAUCAUACUUUUUAUUUAGAAUAUCAGACGGGGCUUAAUCUGAGAUGGAGGGCCAGCGCUGGUUACCACUGGAAGCCAACCCAGAGGUUAUGAACCAAUUUUUACGGCAGCUUGGCUUGGUACCCACCUGGCAGUUUGGAGAUGUGUACGGUUUGGAAGCUGAAGUUCUCAGUUUGGUGCCGAGGCCUGUGUGUGCUGUACUUUUGCUCUUUCCUAUAACAGAGAAGUAUGAAACAUUUAGACGGGAGGAGGAGGCAAAAAUGAAGGCACAAGGACAAGAGUUGUCCUCUGAUGUGUACUUCAUGAAGCAAACCAUCGGCAAUGCUUGUGGUACAAUAGGGCUGAUUCAUGCUGUGGCAAACAAUCAAAGGUAUCUGGAGUUUGAGCCCAAUUCACCGCUUAAGGCAUUUUUACUGCAGUCUGCAAAGAUGAGCCCAGAAGAAAAGGCAGCUUUCCUUGAAAAAGAUGAGAGUAUCCGAGUAACACAUGAGUCAAGCGCCCAGGAAGGACAAACAGAGGCCCCAAGUUUAGAUGAAAAAGUGGAUUUGCAUUUUAUCGCCUUUGUAAACGUUGAGGGACAUUUAUAUGAACUGGAUGGACGCAAACCUUUUCCAAUUGUUCAUGGGAAAACAACAGAGGACACAUUUCUUGAGGAUUCUGCUGAGGUCUGCAAGAAGUUCAUGGCACGUGAUCCCCAGGAGCUCCGUUUCACUGUGGUGGCUCUUUCCAAAGCAUAAAUGUUCUUGUUAUUUUACCUAAGAGAAAAACUGCCAAUCAUUCAGAAGUGCUGAAUACUUCAAACCUUUAUAGGUUCAAUUUUGAC